AUGCGCAGUGCAAUAUCGCCUCAUGAAAGACUAACAGGUACCUUAAGGUUUCUAGCGACAGGACGAUCAUAUGAGUGCCUUAAGUUCUCCACUAGAAUAUCUCCUCAAGCUCUUGGAAAAAUCAUCCCUGAAACGUGCGACGCAUUGUUCCAGGUUUUGCGGAUGUAUAUGCAGUUUCCCAACUCGGAGGAGAAAUGGAAAGCCAUAGCUACCAAAUUUGAGGAAAGAUGGCAGUUCCCGCAUUGCAUAGGCGCCAUGGACGGCAAGCACAUUGAUAUUGUUCCACCUUCCGAUUCUGGAUCAUACUAUUAUAAUUAUAAGGGCAAGCACAGCAUGGUACUUUUGGCAAUAGUCGAUGCAGAAUAUAGGUUUCUGCUCGUAGACUUCGGUACAAAUGGACGAAUAUCAGAUGGCGGCGUACUGCAGAAUACAACUUUCUAUGAAAAGCUAAAAAAUGACAGUCUACACAUUCCACCGCCUGAUGAUGUAUGUGAUAAUUUCACAGAUGUUCCCUACGCUUUCGUGGCAGAUGAUGCCUUCCCUCUCAGAGUAGACAUUUUGAAACCAUUCAGACAAGGACAGUUGGAUUCACCGGAAAAGGAAGUGUUUAAUUAUCGGAUCAGCCGAGCAAGGCAUAUUGUAGAAAAUGUAUUUGGUCUACUUGCAGCACGCUUCCGAAUAUUUCAAAGUUCAAUCAAUCUGGACCCCCAGAAUAUCGAAAAGGUAGUAAUGGCUGCUUGUGCUUUGCAUAAUUUCUUGAUUGAAGAGCAAUCAAGUACAUAUGCUCCUUCUAAUUUGCUGUACGAAGAAAACAGAAUUGAUGGAUCUGUCAUAUCCGUAGGUUGUGAUAGUUCCGACUCCAAAAUGGUCCCUCUAAAUCGUCGACGGGGAAAUAUCAGUAAUGAUGCCAAAGAAAUUAUGGAUAAGUUCAUGCACUACUUCAUGAAUGAUGGGGACCGACACUUCUAG